AUGUUCUUGUUUGAUUGGGGUACGGUGGAGGCGGGAUUACAAGCCCGCGGCGUUUGGAGAUUAGGGAAUCCCCCUUGUAUAGAGUACGGGUUGGCAAGCCUUAGGCUUUGGUCAAGAGGGUCGAGUUCGUGGGAACGGGCUGACCUGGGCUCUGAUUUGUUCUUAGUCUGGGAUGGCCUAUUCGGCGAACAUCGACAUUUUGUGGCGCUUCUCGGAACGUCUGUGCCUAGGACGCUUGAAGUCAUGAGUGACUGGUUUGUGGAUGAUGAGGGGUCGUGGUUUAGUACUGGGCAAGUGUGGACAGCUGAGUCUGGAUCGUCGAGCUCAGAACCGUCGAGCAAUUCGGAGCACUGGAUCGUAGUGACGGACUUGGAACAGCAGACACUAAGAUCAUGA